AUGCGGACACCGACAGCGAUGAUCGUGGGGCUGGUGCUGUGCCCCUGCGGGCUCCUGCUGACGCUCACGGGCACGCUGGCGCCCAGCUGGAGGCAGGUGAGCCUCAUACCCAACCAGCCCAUUGACCUCGUCCUGGAGCAGGGCAUCUGGGACAUAUGCAGAGAGCAGCAGAGCAGCCACGACCGCCACUGCGGGCAGGCUGAUGAGCUGGGCUACUUUGAGCAGGUACCCGUGCGGGUAGCCCAAGGGCUGAUGCCCACCUCGCUGGUGCUCACCCUCCUGGGCUUGCUGCUGGCCGCUCUGGGGGUACGCUGCUGGCAGAAGGAGCCACGGCACCUGCUGGCUGGUGUGGCAGGGCUUGUGCUGCUCCUCUCAGGGCUGUUGAGCCUGGUGCCUGCCUCCUGGUAUACCCAUGAGCUGUGGGCGCUGCCUGCAUCGGCUGGCAGCAUGCUGGUUGUAGGCUACAGCUUGGUGCUGAGCUACUUGGGAAGCUGCCUGGAGAUCUUGGGGGGGCUGGCCCUCACCCUCAGCUUCCACCACUGUUGCAAGGAACACAGGGCUCCCAAACUGCCCCCCAGCCCUGUGCUGGAGGCUGGGCCAUGCUCCACCACUGGAGCUUACUGCAAUUCCUGGGACGUGCUGGAGGAUGAGCGAGAUGGACGGCACUGGAGGAGCACCCUGCCUUGUGACUCUGACUUGUAG